GCUGUGCCCGGAGGAUGGAGCAGCGGAGCGGCCACUAGUACUGAAGCUUCUCGGCACCCCAACCGUGGGACAUGGAGGUAGAGAAGGGCGCAAGCGGGCUGAUGGAUUCCCCGGGAUUUUAUAAGGAACCAGCUGGGGAAAAUGAACAUACUGCAGGGAACAUGUCUGAUCUUUCAUCUGAUGGAUUUAAAAUGAACUCCCUGGUUGAUGACCGCGUUGAUCAGAGAGCAUGCCUUAUCUGCGGGGACCGUGCCACAGGACUGCAUUAUGGCAUCAUCUCUUGCGAGGGCUGCAAGGGGUUCUUCAAGCGCAGCAUCUGCAACAAGCGCGUAUACAGAUGCAGCCGGGACAAGAACUGUGUUAUGUCGCGCAAGCAAAGGAACCGCUGCCAGUACUGCCGGUUACUUAAGUGCCUCCAGAUGGGGAUGAACCGUAAAGCAAUUAGAGAAGAUGGAAUGCCUGGAGGAAGGAACAAGAGCAUCGGCCCUGUACAGAUCUCCGAUGAAGAGAUUGAGCGGAUAAUGUCUGGACAGGAGUUUGAAGAGGAGGCCAAUACAUCAUGGAGUAAUAAUGGUGACAGUGACCACAGCUCUCCUGGGAAUGGAGUCUCAGAAAGCAAUCAGCCUUCCCCUGUGUCUACCCCUUCCUCCAGUAGGUCAAUGGAACUCAAUGGAUUCGGCUCACUACGGGACCAAUAUUUGGGGACGCCGGGUCCAAUGCACUAUCAAUACCUACCUCAUCUCUUUAGCUACUCGGCUCACCCAACAUUAAUCCCAACACAGUCACGAAGUCUUGACCCGCAGUCGCACACACUCAUUAACCAGCUGCUUACGGCUGAGGAUAUAGAACCUCUCAGUACGCCUAUGCUUAUAGAGGAUGGGUACAAAGUGACCCAGUCAGAGCUGUUUGCCUUGCUGUGCCGGCUGGCAGAUGAGCUGCUGUUCCGGCAGAUCACUUGGGUGAAGAAGCUGCCAUUUUUCUGUGAUUUGUCCAUCAAGGACUACACAUGUCUGCUUAGCACAACAUGGCAGGAGCUGAUCUUGCUCUCGUCGCUCACCACGUACAGUAAGCAGAUCUUUGGCGACUUGGCCGACGUCACUUCCAAGUACUCUCCUUCUGAGGACGAAUUGCACAGGUUUAGUGAGGAUGGAAUGGAAGUGAUGGAGCGGCUCAUCUAUUUGUUCCGCAAGUUCAGCCAACUCAAAGUUAGUAACGAAGAGUAUGUCUGCAUGAAAGCCAUCAACUUCCUAAACCAAGAUAUCCAGGGCAUAAGCAGUGUUUCCCAGGUGGAACAACUGAACAAGAGAUACUGGUACGUGUGCCAAGACUUCACCGAGUACAGGUACCCGCACCAGCCCAACAGGUUCCCAGACCUCAUGAUGUGCCUACCCGAGGUUCGCUACAUUGCUGGAAAACUGGUGAAUGUCCCUCUGGAGCAACUCCCACUGCUUUUCAAAGCCUUCCUUCACUCAUGCAAAACUAGCCUGACCAAGGAGUGAGCGAGAUGCCAAAGCCAUGUGGAAACUGCAUUGAGGCAACUUGGAUUAGCCGAAGAAGAGAGGAGAAAAAAAAAAAGACAGUAUCAGCCCAAAAAUGGGAACCAAAAAAAAAAAAAAAAAAAGAGAAAAAAUAUUUUUUUUAACUCUUUUCAUAUAUAUUUAUUUCCUGACAGAGUUGAAUGUAUUAUCUUCAACACGGGUGCACAAACGAAAAAAAAAAAAAAAAAAAUGCAGAUUCUUGCAUUUCAUUGCUGUUUACAAACAUAACUUUUUGUCUUUUUGUUUUGAUAAAACACCUUUUUUUGAGGAGAACUUUUCUGCGCUGAGGGGUUAAAUGUUACAGUGUUGCCUUUUUAAUACUAAUUUUGUAAUUUUUUUUUUUUUUUUCUUUUUCAAUGAAUUUAGAUUUCUUUUUUUCGGAGGGAUAAGAGUUAUUUCGAUAGUGUUGGGCAAAAACUACCUCAAUUUUGUGUUUUGUUAGAAAAUUUUAACUUUUUUUUGUACUGUAGACAAGAUUUACUUCGUCGGAGAUGAAGAGGAAUGUAGCGGUGAUUUUGACUCUGGGGAUAUGGGAUCUACUGUGUUUGGCUUUGGGAUGGGGCCUCUUAGUGCUUUUCGGGGGGUGGGUUGUGUGUUUUUUCUUUUUCAUACUGGAUUUUGGACAGUAAUUAUUAUCCCCAGUAUGCUGGGAACCAAAUAAGUGUAACAUCAGCUUAAAUCUGUUUAUAGUAUUUAAAAUAAACUCAACUAAAUCUCAACAACUUAAUCACCCCCCCAUAAUUGCUUAGUUCUCAGUUUGUUUAGACUCGGUUUUUAAAUUACAUUUUUAGUAUAUUCUGAGUAUAUUUAAAACAAUCAGGAUGGACAGUACGAUAAGAGAAAUAUUAAUAUAAUUAUUGAAUGAAUUUUGAAUAUAGAAAUCAACAUUUUAUCAUCUUUAAAAAUAUAGAAAAAACGUAAGUAGAUAAAUUUUUCCUAGCGGCAAAUAACGAGGUUAUUUCCACGUUUAACUUCACCCCCCCCCCCCGUGCUUAGUCCAAAGCAUUAUUUAUAUUUUUGCCGUGUACAAAUCAAGCAGCUCUUUUGUUACGGAGCAGCUAUCCCGCCAACCCAUGAAUCACUGUGUGCACUGUCAGGGACAACAUCUAACCUUGGGGCUACUCUAUAACCGCAUUAUGGAUGGACAUUCAAAAUCAGAUUGUGACAGUGGGUAGAGUAAUGAAAUCCAUUUCCACUCAUAAAUAACAGCUGAAAAAAAAAAUUUAUUUUGAGGAAAGGAAUGUAAAAAAAUGGCUGCCGGCUAACAAUAAAUAUACAUCUGGCUGCAGCGCUGCUUGUGCCUGAAUGGUAGCAAGAGGUUUCCAAUGUGCAUAUAUAUGCUUUACUCUCAUCCAGAAUAUUUGUCUAUCAUCUAGUGCCUUUGCAUGGGAAUUAAUUAAUCAUGUAUUUAUAAUGUUUAGAUAUAGCUGCUUCUGGGGCACAAUUAUAAAGCUAAAUUUAUCAUCCCCCUAAUCUAACUUAUCUAGAGGCAUAGUACCAUUAGGCAGUGAUUUUUAUGGUUCAUAGUCAUUAAGUAACUGAUAGAGAAGGGACAGUGGUUUGAUUUAUCCUCUCUCCUGGGUUGUGCUGUAGCUUUUCAGCUAAGAUAAAGAGAUAAUCUUUAUAAUACACAAGAGCCAUGUAUAUCUUGUAAAGGAAUCCUUAUAAAUGGUGCUCAGUGUCAUCAGUUUAUAAUAGGUGUCUAGUGAUGACUCAAAUCUUGUGUAUUAUAAUCAAAUAAUGUACCCCUGAAAUAUGAGGAUAUUAUAAGUUCUAUCACCUGUUUAAAAACAUUCAGAGUUUGACCUUGUGCUUUUAUAUGGUCAUGGGACUCCUCUGUGAUUUAUAAUAUCCUUGUGUUUUACAAUAGGGGGUACAUUAUUCCCUAUGUAGGAAACAAAGGUUUCUACUUUAUACCUGCUGUGUAGUCAAAAAGCAUCACAAAGCCAAACACAAUAUGUUUCCCUUUGGUUUAGGUUAACUCUAAAUGUUUUCCCUUUUCAGCAGUCAGCAGACUUUGAUGCUCAGCGCACCUAUCAGAUGUUUGCCAUGCCAAUGUGCUGCACAGUAUUCAUUUGGAAUAGCGAAAUGGGAAAAUAUAUCGACUAGAGCAUAACUUGUAUUUAUAUCUUAACCUGCCUGGGGACUGCCUAUGCCUACGGUUUCCACAAUGGUAGUAAAGAGGGAAUAACUCAGUAAAGGGAAGCAGUAUGGCAGCCCACAUGUAUUAUUUACUAGCCUGGGAUAUGCCCCAGAGCUGCUCAUAAGGGUAGUGGACAAAUGACAAAAGUGGGGAUAAGUAUAAAUGCAGGAAUGCUUUGGGCUCUCCAUGCCUCUGUAUAAAAGAGAAACCAUACUGACACGUAUGAAGAAAUUGUGCCGUGUUGUACCAAGGAAAGGCACUUAAACCCUUGUGAAUGUUCUGAGCCAGUGGUGGAAGCCUGCAAAUAGGACAGCAGCUUUGCCAGGUCCUGGGAAUGGACACAGGCACAUUGGCACAGCAGGGGCCCCAACUUGGAGGUGGAAUUGUAAAUCAGCUAUGCCAAACCUGUGGCCCUCUUAUUGUUACCCCCAGUACCCCAAACACCCCAGUAUCCAUGACCCUGACAUCAAUACUGAUAUUAUGGAACUGGGCUGAGCCCUCAGUAGCACUCCAGUUGUUGCAGAACUAAAACACCCAGCGUUCUUUCAGCAGAUAAGCUGGUAAAAGUGUGUUGAUGGGACUUAGAUUAAUAUACAAGUUGCCACUGCCCUAAACAGUGUAAUAAGAGGAUACUUCUUUCUAUUGCAGCCUCAGGUAUUCAGAGCAAAACAUAGUAGUAGCUUUAGAUACAGACAUUAGGUCAACCUCUCUAGACUUAUCACCGAAUCCACUAUGAAGGACAAAUAACAUAGAAUGAAUCCCCAUCUAUCUGUGGGCAAGGAUAGUCAGUGUUAUAGCAGAGAUAAAUCCCUUUUUCUUCCUGUUGCUAGGGUGUUUGGCACCAUGCGUGUUAGAACCUGGUGCAAGCAGGUGGGGAGAUUGAUAUGUCUGUAUUUCACAUGUAGAUGCAUACAUAUAUACAUGCAGUCCCUAGCUGUAUAACCCUUCUAUGGCUAUAGUCUAAUAUAGGCUAAUUUGGUCAUGGGUUGAUGGGAGUUAAAUGAUAGCGAGAAGGCCACAUAUUGGGCAUCUCCAUGCUACAAAUUAGACAACAAGCAGAAAUAAAAAGAUAUAAUUGAUGUACAAGUCAGCCUCUGUAUACAAAUCCCAUCAUUAGCUCUGCCGCAACUAAACCCUAGGAGGCUGAGCUGCUCUUUGCCCCAUAUACUGUCUCUCCUUCAGUACUAAUCUGCUUCUUUUGGCGGGGGUUUAGCAAAAACUUAUUUUUUUGUUAUAUUUUUCUUCCUAAAAGAAUUUUUUUUUUUUUUUUUAAUGCUUUUGUUCUUUUAUGGUGGGUGUUCAAUAGGUGUUAUGAUUUUGCUUCUGAUGAGCCGAGAUUUCUUGCCCCUGGAUCUUUAGUUAUUUCUUAACCCUUUCACUGGGGGAGAGCAGGUAAUGCACAGAUUCUAUCCCUAGUACAAACGAGAGGAUGGGGUUCAACAGUUAUCCCUUUAAAGGCAAUGACAUAUAGGGCAUUCUGUUGUCCACAUUAAAAUGCUUAUGACAAAAUGCCCAAAAAUACCCCACCAUUGAAAUGCUGCCUCUAUGUUAUUUGAAUCCUAUAAUAGUGCAGAUGUGCUUUUCAUGGCAUAGCAGCGGCAAUUUCAGUGGUGCACAAUGGCAGGGUAUUUCUUGCAUUAAAAACAUAGAUAACGAAAUGCCCUGUGGGUCAUUGCCAUAAGAGCCAGAGAGCAUGUUUGCCACUUGUGUGUGGUUGGUUUAUUGGAACAUGCUAAAAUCCUCCUCCCCCUGAUAUCAGUUUGAACCAAUCCGCACCACUGAUACAGGGCUUCUUGGCCCGAAAAUGCACAGUAGAGCACCCUCAGACUCCCUGCACUCGUGGUGUGGUUAUCCUGAAGUUAGCCAGAGGUGGCAACUGAGAGCUAACAUGCUAGGAGAGACUAUGUAUUUUGCUGGAAAUCUGUGUAUUGCAGUAUCUACCCCAACACCCCCAUCCCUGAUUGUUUCCAUGGAAAUAGUCUCAGAACUUACCUUACUAUCUAUGCAAGAUCUCUAGCCCUCGGUUUAUAUUCACCUAUGGGGGAGUCAUGUUUUUUUCUGUCUGUUUGAAUGUGAGUUUUGUGUCAGUUCUCUGAGUGUACAGCGAUUGUAAGGCUGUGAAUAACCCAUUGGACUUUAUCUGAAUGCCAUAUUACUAACUGGUCUGAGACUAAUUCUCACACCCUGUGUAUCAGGAGACCAGGAAUAGGCAACCUGUAUCUGUUGGCAGGGCCGUGGUGGCUUGGGAGUGUUUUGCUUCUGCAACAGCUGUUAUGCUAAGGUUUUCUAUCCAUUCCUUGCACAGUGUGUGCACAAGUUAAUUAAGGGGCAAUUAAAGCCCAACAAAAAGGCUGGGUGGUGAAGGUCCAUCCCUCUCUAACACUGGUCUGCCCUCUGUCUCAGAAGAUUACUUUGGGUGUGGUCCUUGUCACUUGACCAGGCGAUUUCAAAGAGAUGGAGCUCAGAAAAGGGGACAAGUCUUGUUGGGCUUUAGUCUCCCUUUUAGGAUAGGCAGUUAGAAAACUUAGUAUGAGACAAGCCUACUGCAAAGCCACUUUAGUUAGACCACCGUAAUAUCAUACCAAAUCAGUAUUCCGCUCUGAGGGCAACAUUGCUGGUGUCCAGCUGUUGCACAAAAUAGCCCUCAGGGCUCCAGUUGCCCACUCUCCUGCAUCAAACACAGGCCGGUCAGCCUUAUUUUUGUCAAAUGUAUUACGGGUAUGCUGAUCGGCUGCUUCAGUCCAUCGUAUAAUUGUGCCUAUUAAUGAUGUGCUUGUACUGCAGAGAAAAGAACCCAAGGACUAACCCAUUACCUCUUCCACCCCCGUGCAAAUUAUGGAAGCUUCCAUAGCUCUGGCAAAGGGGUGGGGGGGGGGAUACAAAUUCAACUACCUAUGUAUAUCACUAAUGUGUAAAUGAUUUUUCAAGGUCUUGUCUAUGUAAAAGUGUAUUGGAGCUAUGUCAUCAUCAAUUAGAGGGGUGUGGCCAGGUGACCCAAAUGUCACAGUACAUGGGACAGUAAAUAUUCCCAACUUCCCAAAUAUUUAGUGAGAAAAACAAAAAACUACCUCAUGCAAGUGGGUCAGCCUACAAGCCACCCCCACAAUGGAUCCCAAGCACCCAGAAAACUACCUCUUUGGUUCAAUAGGGGGAAAGUAGCUGCAAAAAGGGGGUUAAAACAAGGCUAAAUAUCAAUUGCAUUUACUCUUCUGUACCUAAGUGAAUGUACUGCUGUCUCUGUCUACUUUUAAUGCAUUUGUGGAAAGAUUUUCUUUGAAAGCUUCACUUUUUCUAUAAAUGGAGACAUUACCUUUGCAGCCCUAGGGUUGGAGGCUGGGAGUUUGCACAAAAAUUGCAUUCUUUCUCCAAAAGAUUAUAUUUAAAUGCUUUUUUUUGUGGCAGCUACUUUUUCCCAUAUUGAAAUCCAUGUUUUUAUGCUAAACCUGUGUAUUUGUGUAAAUAAUAUAAAGCAGGAGCUUGGGGAGGAAUGUACCAUUUGAUUGUGGGAUGUUCCAUAUCCUUUCUCUGAGUACAGCACACGUUCCUCUUCAGCCUUGCAUUGCUUUGUAACUCCACUACCUUUGCAAAUGUGACCAAUGUGUAUAAGAGCAUGUCUAGAGAGUGAUAGAUGUUGAAACCAAUAAAUGUGAAUUGUUCUUGU